GGAACUUGGACGCCAUGAAUUGUGUAAAUUAAAAUGAGAGUUGUAACCCUUCUUUUGUGUUGUGUGUGUGGAUUUUAUGGUGAAAAUGUGACCACUGUCCAUUUCGACAUUACGAUAAGUGACGAUACAGCACAUUGUAAUCCAGAAGUGACAAAUGGGAACGUGACUAAAAGAACUCAUAAAGUUGUUUCAACAACGGGACAAAAAAUUAUAUUAAAUGCGGGAUUGCAGCCAAUUUAUGGCCAUGUUGAAAAAGCCAAUUGCUCAUAUAACAAUGGUUCAGGAGAUUAUGCCUUAGAUGAUGAAUAUGACAUACAGCAACAUUAUGAUCCUUGGUUUGAGGAACACGAAGUUACAAAGCUCAUGUAUGGAAAAUGGAGUUGCAGGCUACGGUUUAACAAAAAUACACAACGUAAUAUAAAUCCUGUGGACCACGAAUCAUACACUUUUGUACUGUGUAGUAUCACCGUGGAAAAUGUUGUUUUCGAGGCGACUACACCUCCUCCAGCCGCUUUAGAAAACAAUUCGUUGAUGGAUGUCAACAACCCUAACUUAUGGUACAUCAUUGGAGGAGUGGGUAUCAUCGUGCUUUUGAUCAUCAUCGGGCAGACCAUAGCUCUGUGCUACUUCAGAAAAAAAGCUCAACCACAGCGCAGAAUGGACAAGAUGACACCCAGUAGUACAUUUGACAGAGGUGACCGAGCAAGGUACAGCGCGCCACCAUCCAAGAAGAGCAAAGACUCCAUACCAGAGCGUGACAGAGACAGCCAUAUCUACGAGAUGGUGGUUGUCAAUGGAAACUACAAUAAAGCCUCUGAGCUGUCAGCAGCAAUUGAAAGUGAGGCAAAUAAAGAUAUACGGAACCGACCGCCAUUGCCUCUACCGCAUGAAUUAGAACUUGAAGAAACUAUGCCGUGUAAAAAACAGUCCCGCAUAGCAUCCAUGGCUACUAACUUGAGACUAUCCAUCACCGGCACCAACAAUUUGAGGACCAGGAAGAAAGAACUACCCCCACCGCCUGUGCAAAGCUCCAAGAAAGCACCACCCCGCCCGCCGAAGCAGAUUGACGAGGAGAGUCUACCAGGCUCCUUGAAGCGACCGGCAAAAACUGCACCAGUGGCACUUGCUUCUGCUCCCGUCUUCAAACCUGGCGCGAUACCUAGGAAUACUGGUACUGAAUCUCCAAUGUCAGAAUUGAAAAACGUUUUCAAGAGUAGGAACAUUGGAAAAGGUAACUUUCCUCAGUAUUUAGAGGCAUAA